AAACAAAUGACACUCCAAAAAACCCAAACACAUCCCUUCUCUAUUUCGAAACAGCAAUACCAAUAAACGAGGUGAGGAGAGAGUCUCCAUCUUUCUCUCACUUGAAAUCUUUAAAGCACAUCCCUAAAUCUAAAUGGACGACUCACGCCUCAACACUCCUCACCCUCAUCAAGAUAAAAACACCACUGUCACCACCACCAAUGACACUAAAACUAAAAGCACUGAUAGCACCGCCACCACAACCAGUGAAAACAAUUUGAUCGCUGAUAAUAACAACACCAAAACCAACACCAAGAAGUGCAAAGGCAAAGGUGGACCAGACAAUGGUAAGUUCAGAUACAGAGGAGUGAGACAGCGAAGUUGGGGCAAAUGGGUAGCUGAGAUCCGUGAGCCUCGAAAACGGGUUCGUAGAUGGCUUGGAACUUUUGCAACUGCCGAAGAAGCGGCGCGUGCGUAUGACCGAGCUGCUGUUAUGCUCUACGGCCCAAGAGCUCAGCUUAAUCUUACACCCUCCAGCUCCACCUUAUCACAAUCUUCAACCUCUCGUGGCUCCUCAUCUUCUUCUUCUUCAACUCAAACCCUCAGGCCUUUGCUUCCUCGUCCCUCAGGGUUUGGCUUCACUUUCUCCGGCUCCGCACCAAUUUUGGCUCAGCCGAUUUCUUUGGCAGAUGGUAUGGGUUCUUCAACUGGGUUUAUGCCCUUCGGGGCCUAUCCAAAUGGUGUUAAUGUUGGUUCCACAAUGUUUUGUCCGAACGUAGUACAAAAUAAUAGCCAACAACUGAUGCAACAAUUUCACGAGUAUCAGCAUCCUCUGACUGAUGGGACGAUUAUUAACCAUGGAGAUUCUGGUGGAGCAAUGACCCCGUACGUCAACCCAUAUGAUGAAAUCAACUCACUCGCGGGUUCCAUGGGUUCAACUUUGUCCCUUUCUACUCAGACUGUUGUAGCACCACCUGCCCCGGAUCAGAUUACGGCGGUUGGACACGGAUCGCCUACGGUGUGGCCGUUAACAAAUGAUGAAGAGUAUCCAACGAUAGGUCUUUGGGAUUAUGGUGAUCCCUUUUUGUUUGAUUUUUGAGAGAGCUUGCGCAAUUGCCCUUGUAUAUUACAGAAGAGCUUGCAUGCAAGUUCUUGAAGGCUCUUUAUGGUCUUUAAAGUUAAUGUAUUCCAGUACAUAUUUUGAUCGAUCUAUUUUCUUUGUUUCAAGGAAGAGUAGUUUACUAGAUUCAACUGCCUUGGGAGCAUCGGUCCCAGAGACUGAAAUUGAUCUUCAGGAGACAAAGAUCAAACAAGGAAUCACGGAAAUAAAUUAUUCAAGAUAUCAAAGAAGAACAGAAGCGAUCAAACCUUUAUUUAUGGAAGACUAUCAUAUCUACCUACAGUAGCAUAUGUGUUUUAUAUGCUACGUCGUGUGAUAAAGUUAGAAGAGAUCUGAUCAAAGUAUGGUCGGUAAUCUCAGGUAAUGGAGUUUGAAUUUCAGUUUGUUCCGCAAGGCUUUUAAGUCUUUGCAUAUACUGCCAUUUAGUGUUAGGGAUACUUGCAUGUACUUUGAAAUGGGUGCAAUUGUUCAGCAAAAUUCUCUUGUCAAUUUAGUGGUUUUUUUCUUUUUUAAAGAUUGUACUAUCUUCUUUAACGCAUAAAAUUCUGUCCAUUUAUCUGUUUUUCAA